UAAACGACGACUCCUUUGCUCGCAUCUUCGGAAACAGCUCUACUUCCAUCUUUAAUAUCUCUAUUUUUCCCUUUCAGGGCUCCUUUGGAGACCCGGACCUGGAGUUACACGCUGACCUUGGUUCUUUGCAGGAAUGGGACCCGUUCUUGGGGUGUCACGACUGGCUGCCACUCAGCACGCUGAGGGCUCAGCCUAGGAGUCCGGCUUGGAUUUGGAGGCCUGGGAUCUCGGGGCUCUGGAGAUGCCUGGAUCAAGUGUCGGUGUCACGGCAGAGGGCCCGCGUGGCAUCGGCAGAGUCGGAAUAUCUGCAGCUGUGUGCCCAGAGACUUGAGAUCUUCAGGCACAGAGCUCGAAAAAAGCUAUGCAGCGGACUUUUAACAUCGUAAACCAGUGAGUUGCUCAUUAUGUCUGCCCUCUCACUGUGAAGACGGAGACACUUUUUUCUCCCUUAUUAGGGAGAGAGAGCGCCUGCGGUAUGUCGAACGCCGGGUGAACAACGUAGUCUUUGGGGGUAACUGGACCAAGAGAAAGAUCAGAAAUGAAGCUGGAGUAGUUCUGCUCAAAGCAGUAAAUUCACAUUUGGUUCUUCUGUCCUGGUUUUGUGACGUGAACAUGACUGAACCUUACGAGAGAAAUUCACCUAAUUGUACUUUUAAUGAAGAUUUCAAAUAUAUUUUCCUCCCUGUGUCUUAUGGCAUUGUGUUUGUGGUAGGGCUUGUCCUCAAUGCUCUUGCUAUAUGGGUCUUUGUAUUUCGGAUGAGACCAUGGAACAUUACAACUACCUACAUGUUCAACCUCGCUCUCUCAGACAUCAUGUAUGAUAUCUCUUUGCCCCUUUUGAUCUAUUAUUAUGCCAAACACAAUGACUGGCCCUUUGGGGCAACUUUGUGUAAAAUUGUCCGAUUCCUGUUUUAUACCAACCUGUACUGCAGUAUUCUUUUCCUUACCUGCAUGAGCGUCCAUAGAUUUCUCGGUGUUUGCUUUCCAAUGCAUUCACUGAGAUGGUCAAACCUACGGUAUACCCGGAUAGUAUGCAUUGUUAUCUGGGCUGUGGUGAUAAUAUUUCAGACACCUAUAUUUGGAUUUGUUAAUACUGAAACUGUUGGUAACACCACCAUUUGUUAUGAUACUUCAAACCAAAAAAACUUCAAUAAGUUUGUGAUUUACAGUGCGGUACAACUGGUUUUGCUUUUUUGUUGCCCGUUCACCGUGGUUAUGAUCUGCUAUGGAAUCACAGCCAAGAACCUCCUUCGACCCAAUGAUGUUCGGCCAGAGUAUGCCAGAUCCCGGAAAAAAUCAAUCAAGAUGAUUAUUACUGUGCUGACAGUAUUUGUCUUAUGCUUCUUGCCUUUCCACAUCACGCGGUCCAUUUACUACUCCUCCAGAAGUCUUCAUGUUAACUGCAGGACUCUCGAAGCGGUCAGCCUGGCCUACAAACUGACCAGGCCCCUGGCAAGCGCAAAUAGUUGCCUUGAUCCAAUACUUUAUGUUCUGGCUGGGCAGACGUACCGGAGUAAGCUGGCACUUAAAGGCAAUGGUGCGGAGAAAAAGCAGAAUCACCCUUCAGCCCAGAAGACAAUUGAUGGAAUGAACAUUACAUGCUCUGUUUAUUCCACUGAAAUCCGACUUGAGAAAAUAAAGCAAGGUACUGGUGGAAGUAGUGAUGGUGUCUAAAGGUAUUUGGUAUUGCAGGCUUGUUUAAAAGGGGAGAAGUUUAAAACUGGGUUGAUAGGGUAGCUUGCAGUUGAAUAUCACUGGCGAACGCACAGGAUGCCCCAGCGAAAUUAAGACCUGACUUUAAAUUUUCACACGGGCUGGUAAGCGAGAAAGUCACUGGAUGAGAAAUACACAAGAGACUGCUUUAAUUGUGCCACAAUUAAAAUUAUUAUUAAGUUAAAAAUUAAGUUGUUCCUGCAAUGGUCGUAGGAUCCCAGAUGCAAUGUUUAGGUGCAAAUAUGUGGAGUGUUUACCACACAUACCCCACAGAUUAGUACCAGACGGAGCCAGUAAAGGACAAUUGAUGACUGCUCAAAAUUCAAUCUUACAGUUUUUAAUUGUUGGCAAAGUCAGGAGGAGGAUCUGUGCUCUCCUCGGACACCAAAAUGAAUCCUGAACCAUGGCUGGCCUGCUCAGGAUCAUCCCUCCCUCCUCUUAGGCCUGACUUUAUUGGCUCAGCAUGAGACCCUGCCAAUCUUUUUCUGAUCCAGAAUUGCCAAGAGCCAAUUACCAGUACCUCUGUGCCUACUGGCAGUGUAUUCAUGGGGCAUGGAUCUCAAAAUGGCAUCAUCUGGAAUUGUUUGGCCCGUAAAUUGACGAAUUGUCACCAAGUAUCAUAAAAGUAUCUACAAAUAAGGUGGACACUUGGCUCACCUAUUUCUAAACUACAAUUUGUAAUUUCCCUUACCCUUUUCACUUGCUGCUUUAUAAAUAUUCAUCUUCAUAUCACUGGAAAGCUAUUUAUGCUAAUCCAGAGUCGCACCUGUUUGCUGCAGGCAAGGGAAAUGCAACAAAUAGACUCUCAAGUACUUCUGGGAAUAAUUUCACCUUCAAAAAGUCUAAUCUCAUUCAAAUUUGGGUUAGAUAAACAAAGCAAAAUUUUGCCCAGGAUCAAAUUUCAGCUUAAAUAAAUUGUGCUGUACUAUUCCUGUGUUGAAUGUAUCUUGCCUCACACAACUUGUGCACAAACUCAUUGACGUGUUUAGCUGCAAUCGCGGUUCUGACAUUGAGCAGCUUUUUUAACCUUUGCCUUUCAUCAGAGAUAUCUUAAAAGAUCAAUGUCCUCUUUGAUUAUAAGUUAAACUGAACAGCAGAAUAGCUGCGGAUAGAAAUUCAUGCAAAUGUAUUUGAGUUUCUUGAGAUCAUUUGAAUUUUAAGGGUUUUAGAACGGCUGGAAAAUUCCUAUCUUUGAGCUGGCCAUUUUGAAAACUGUGCUGCUACCAAUUGUGUCAAUAUUAAUUGUGAACAUGAAGAGAUUUAAAAUAAUUUUAAUUCUGUGUGUUUUUGCACAUUUUAUGAUCUUUACAAAUUGCCAUUGGUUGUUACCUUACCUUGAUUUUGUACUUAGACAGAAUAAGCUGUAUCCAGGUACAAACACGAGGAAAUCUGCAGAUGCUGGAAAUCCAAGCAACACACACAAAAUGCUGGAGGAACUCAGCAGGCCAGGCAGCAUCUAUGGAAAAGAG